AAACAACAGGAAGAACUGGCUGAUUAUACAGUACUGGAAUUCAGGAGUGUUCAGUGGUGCUAUAUCCUUUGAAAUUCACUUCAGAAACCCACCAGGAUUUCAUCAGUAUGUUGUGUACAGAAACCCUUCCAGCACAGAUGGGGACGGUUUUAUCAGGGACUUCUGGCAACAGGCCUUUGAAUGUGUAUUCCCAGAUAUCGCUUCAGACAAGGUGGAGGGGAAUAUUUGCACCGGAGAAGAGAAGCUGGAGAGCCUUCCCGGAUCACUUUUUGAAAUGAGCAUGACAGGCCACAGCUACAGCAUCCACAGUGCUGUCUAUGCCAUGGCCCAUGCUUUACAUGCCAUGUCCACUUCCAGAUUCAGACAUAGAAGAAUGGCGUACAGAGGGAGAGGGAAGAAUCUGAAUCAACAGUUUUGGCAGCUCCAUCACUUUCUGAGAAGCAUCUCAUUUAACAAUACGGCAGGAGAUGUGGUCUUCAUCAACCAGAAUGGAGAGGCAGCAUCUAGCUUGGAUAUUGUCAAUUGGAUUAUAUUCGCCAACCAAAGUUUGCACAGAGUGAGAGUUGGGAGGAUAGAUCCACAGGCUCCUCCAAACCAAUCAUUACUCCUUGAUGAAGAUGCCAUCACAUGGCACAGUUGGUUUAACCAGACUCAGCCUCUUUCUGUCUGUACUGAGAGAUGUCUUCCAGGAUCCAGCAAGAAAGUGAAGGAGGGACAGCCACCUUGCUGCUACGAUUGCAUCCCAUGUCCAGAGGGGAAGAUUGCAAACCAGUAUGAUAUGAAUGAUUGUAACAAAUGCCCAGACAAAGACUAUCCAAGCAAGAACCGAGAUGCAUGUCUACCCAAGGAUAUCAGCUUCUUGUCUUAUGAAGAACCUUUGGGCAUCAGUUUAGCCUGCUGCUCUCUUUUCCUUUCCCUGAUCACAGUUCUGGUACUAGGUACAUUUAUAAAACACCAUGACACACCCAUUGUCAUUGCAAACAACCGAAACCUCACCUACACUCUCCUCAUCUCUCUCCUGCUCUGCUUCCUGUGUGCAUUGCUCUUCAUUGGCCGACCUGAGAUAGUGACAUGCCUCCUCCGACAAACAGCUUUUGGCAUCAUCUUCUCAACCGCUGUUUCUUGUGUCCUGGCAAAAACCUUCACGGUGGUUUUGGCCUUCAUGGCUACAAAACCAGAGUCCAGGAUGAGGAAAUGGGUGGGGAAAAGACUAGGCCACUCCAUUCUCCUUUUCUGCUCCAUAGUCCAAGUAGGCAUAUGUACUGUGUGGCUGGCAACCUCUCCCCCAUACCCAGAUGUGGACAGGCACUCAUUGACUGAAGAAAUUAUACUAGAAUGUAAUGAAGGGUCUGUAACAAUGUUUUACUGUGUCCUCAUCUACAUGAGUUGCCUGGCAAUUGUAAGUUUUGCUGUGGCUUUCCUCGCCAGGAAGUUACCAGACAGUUUCAACGAAGCCAAGUUUAUCACUUUCAGCAUGUUGGUCUUCUGCAGUGUUUGGCUGUCCUUUAUUCCCUCCUACCUGAGCACCAAGGGGAAAUAUAUGGUAGCUGUGGAGAUCUUCUCCAUCUUAGCCUCCAGUAUUGGGUUGCUGGUUUGCAUCUUUUCCCCCAAAUGUUACAUAAUCAUUCUGAGGCCUGAGUUGAACAAUAGGGAACAGCUAAUAAGGAAGAAAAAUUAAAGAAAUAGGAAACCUGUCCUUUGCUUUAAUUUGUGCUUUUCUUUGUGUGUACAGUAGAAUAUUUCUUCUUCUUCUUCUUCUUCUUCUUCUUCUUCUUCUUCUUCUUCUUCUUCUUCUUCUUCUUCUUCUUCUUCUUCUGUGAAAGUGUUGCCAAUAA